AUGUCGUACUCUCUGAAGUCUAUUCUGUUUAUUGUUAAUGCGGAUUAUUCUUUUACAACCACCCAGGUUGCACAGUGUCUCAGAGUGAAUCCAGAAGCAGGAGUGUUCUUCUUUGAUUCUAGUUAUCGCCCUGUGCUCCUCGCACAGCAGUAUAUUGGUAUUAGUGAGCAGAAUUUUACAGCCCGUAUUGAAUUGCAGAAUGGAGAAAUGCUACAAGGAGGUUUCUCUUUCCUUGGGCUCUCCUUUGUGUCGUUGAAUCACUCAAGCAAUGUUAUCAUCAGGCUCAAAAACUGGUAUUCGUUCAUUCUCGAAAGGACACAGCAAAAACAGCUCAGCUGA